AUGUCAAUUUAUUACUUGUUUGGACCAAAUAAAAUACAUGUAUUAGUGGCACCAUAUCGUCAAGUCCCAAGGUUUACAGAAUUAACUUCUGAAGAGGUUUGUGAUAUAAUGAUAAGUGCUCAAAAAAUUGGCAAAGUCAUCGAAAAGGAGUAUAAAAGUGAUUCUUUGACUAUAGCAAUUCAAGAUGGUCCAGCAGCUGGUCAAACGGUAAAGAUAGUAAUAGAUAUCAAUAGAUUAUUAAACACGCCGCUUAAUCUUUCUUUCUCACUUAAUAAUAGGAAACCUCGUAGUUUGGAGGAAAUGGCUAAAGAAGCUGAAUAUUUAGGAAAAUUUUUUAUUGAUGAAAAUAGCAAUUAA